AUGUCAAUUAAUAUUAACAAAAUUUCGACUAUAGUCAAUACUAUCAAACUUUAUUACAAUUCUGAUUUAAAUUGUCAAGCUACCAUUGGAAUUUUGUCAAAAUGGUUAGAAGCAAGAAACAUUAUCGUUGCCACUGGUAAUUUACAUAGUAUUUUACAAGCUCAUUCGGAUGAAUUUUUGUUAAGUAAAGCUGUUGAUUUAAUAAAAUUUGAUAUUAGUGAUGAUGAUGACCAGGAAGAGAAUGAUCCUAUUAUUGUAGGAAUAGGUAAACAAGAAUUUGGUAUGGAAAUGAACCAAAAUCGGUUAAAAAAAGAAUUUCGAAGAAAUCAACAGUUACAAAAGCAAAAAAACAAUCAUCUUAAUCAUUGUCAUCAAAAACAAAAAUUUUUAAAUGGAAUAACAUCAAAAAUAAAUAAAAAAGAUAUUAGAGCCAUAUCAAUGGCAAGAAGUUAUCUGGAUAAACAUUUGGUUGAUUCUACUUUUGAAUUAGAGAGACAUUUAAAGAAUGCUGACGCACUAAGUCCAUCAAGAAAUUUCAAAAAUUUUCUAAAUGAAUAUGAUGAAAUUUUCUAUGUUCAUAAACAGCGAGGUAUUAACUGUGUUCAACUCAAAAAUCCCUCAAGGAAUUUUGUCAAUAAAAAUAUUAAGACAAUGAUUGAUGUUAGAAUGGAACAAACUGAAAAUCACAUUAGAGAUUACAUUCAACAAAAUGACACAUCAGAUAAUCAUGUAGUGAGUACUGAACUGAUUAUAUACCUUAGAGGCAUCAAAGGUACAAUCACAUACGACCUUAAAGAUUUUCUUAAUAAUUGUUCUGAUUCAUUCGAAUGUUAUGAGAAUGAUGGCUCAUUUUUUGUAAAAAAUAAAGCAAAAGCAUCACAGCCGAUCAAUCCAAGUGUGUAUCAUAGUCAAUACAGAUCAAGCAGUCCUUUUGUAUCCAAGUUAAUUCGCGAUUUGAUUGUGAAAGAGUACAUAGUCACCUACUUGGAACUUGAAGAAUACAUCAAGAAAUAUUCACAACUACAAAAAACAAAUCUUAAAGAAUUUUUGUACAGCAAUGAUAAAGAGUUCAAUAUAACUAUAAUUUCUGGUGAAACUUACAUCACACUCAAACCCACUGAUAGAAACAUAUUAUUUCAUAUUCGUAGAUUUCUUUUGGAACAUGGAAAAGUUCAAUUGUCAUUGGUUGGCAGUUAUUUGAGACAUAUGUAUCUUUCACCAAUAGGCAAAUUAAAAGAACUCCUAUCAAUAUAUUCAGACUUUAAAUUUGAUUAUAAAUCUGAAAUUGUAUUUGUCAAAUCACAAGAAGCUGAAAUCAUUAGAGCAAUUCGGGAACUUUUUGCUAGCAGUGAUAAUGUUGACAACAAAAAAGAACUUAAACUUACAGUUAUUGCUGACCACCUUCAUAAAAAAAGCUUAAUACCAAAUAGUAGACUGUUGAAUCUUUUAGAAAGCUAUACAGAAUUUGAUUUCUAUCAAAGUCCAGUUGACAUUGUUGUAGUGCACAAACCAGAUAAUUUUUUACCUAAUCUAAAAUUAUUCAUUCGUAAAAUGAUAGUAUGUAACAAUGGACAAGUUGAGUUAUCAACAUUGUUUAGUAUUAUUAAUUGGAAAGGUGAUUAUCCAAUUGAUAAGUUACAUUAUUUUAUUGUACAAAGCAAUGAAUUUGCACUAUCUAAUGUUUUUAAUAGAGUUAAUAGGAUCAUGACUGUUGUAAAUUUUAAAUCAGCCAAUAAUGCUCUAAUAUUAGUACCAAAUAGUACAAUAAAAGCCAAUGGAAUUGAUCAAACAUUGUCAUCUUCAUGUUUUUCUUCAACAAAACCAAACAAUAUAUCUUUGACAACAACAAUGACAAAACCAGUAUCAUCAUCAAUUACUGAUCUUAACACAUCAACAAAACAGCCCAAUUCUGAACCUGAUUUAUCAAUGCCACCACUAUCAUCAAUAAUAACAACAACCUCAUCUACUCCUAAGAGUCUAACAAAUAAUUCUUUAGAUUCAACCAUUAAAGUUAUUGACAAUGACAUUCAUACUAAUAGCAUUAUUGGUACUAUUUACACCAAUGGCACCAAUGGCACCAAUGGUACUACUAAUAAUAGUACUACUAAUAAUGAAAUACUUUGUGAACACUUAAAAAAUCAAGAAAAACAAUUGUUUUCCAGUUUUAAAACUGUUGAAUUGUGGAAAAAUUAUUUUGUGAAAUAUAAAGGAAAAACUGAAAAUGAGAUUAAGGUGCGAGAUGAGGAAAUUAAAAGAAGUCAUCAAGAAAUUGAGAAUCUAAAGAAAAUGAUUGCCAGAUCAAAACAAUUUAAAAAUUUAUAA